AUGAAGUCCGCCCUUAUUACCGUUCUCGCGCUUUUGGCCUAUGCGUAUGCGCAAAGUGUCAAAAUUGCUGCCCCAGCAGCAAACUCGCACAUAACAACGACCGAGAACGUCGUAAUCGAAGUUGAACGACCGAACUCACAGACCCCGUCGAGAGAUGUAGCAGUUCUCAUUGGGCUACGGUCGUGCCCCAAUGGUGACUGCGAUUCCGUCGCCGACUCGAGUGCUUUGGGCACGAUUCUCUACGGCGGAGCGUAUAGCCCGAUCCCGCGCACUGGCGGUGGAGCUAUGUACGAGAACUAUACUGUCCUCAUACCCGAUAGUGUUGGAACUGGCAGUGCCCUCCUUUCUGUUGCCCACUUUUACGCUGGUGGGGUUUUGAACUCGCCUGCCAUCGACCAGACCAAUAUUGUGGUACAAGUCGAUUCUGCAUAA